CACGGCUCAUACACACAUGAGAAACGACUCGCUCAUUCGCUUAUUAAUAUUCUGAGGUACAUGUGAUUGUAAGGAUAUGUCUUUGAAGGGGAAUUACAUUGGAGUAUCCAAUGGACCUAUGACGCUGGCUGUUUCUGAUGGAGAGCUGAACGUGCUGGAGAUAGAUGAGCGAGCAGGGACGCAGUACUCCAGCAGUAACUCCAGUUUGCCCACUGUACCCACUGAAGGAGCCAGAGGAGUGGGCCAGGUGGCCAGCUGGGCUGUUAGCUUUGAGAGGCUGCUGGAAGACCCUAUAGGCAUUCGCUAUUUCACAGCAUUCCUGAAAUCUGAGGUCAGUGCUGAGAACAUCUUAUUCUGGUUGGCUUGCGAGAAGUACCGCAAGAUACCUGCCCACCAAACUGAACAGUUGAGAAGAGAGGCUCUCUUGAUUUACAACAGCUUCCUGUCCAGCACUGCAACCUCUCCCAUUAACAUAGAUGACAGGGUACGAGUAGAGGAGAGAGAUGUACGAAACCCACAUCCUGAUAUCUUUGAAAAGGCCCAACAACAGAUCUUCAAACUGAUGAAGUUUGACAGUUAUACUCGCUUCGUGCGCUCACAGCUCUAUCAGAGCUGCAUGCUGGCUAAUGUGGAGGGCAGACCUCUACCAGGACCCGACUCUCGUGGCAAACUCCUCACUUCGGCCAAACACACCAGCACUUCACCCAAAGAGCAAGUCAAAGCUGACAGCAGAAACAAAGAGUGGUUAAAGGUCAAGCCAAGUACAGGAGAGGCUGAUGAUGUGGUAGAGAGGAGGAAGGCCAAGGACAAACGCAAAGAGAAGAGAGAAUCUUGGGGAGAACCAUCUUUCAGCUCCAAGACGGCACUGAGGAGUUCAGAGGCUGAGAAAUUAGUGGCACGUUCUGCGGAAGGAAAGGCGGAUAAGUACUGCUGUGUCUUCCUGCCUGACGGCACGGCCUCUCUGACCCCAGCCCGACCCGGUCUCACCGUCCGUGACAUGCUCACCGGCGUGUGUGAGAAAAGAGGUCUUCCUCUGUCAGACAUCAUCAUCUACUUACAUGGCAAAGAUAAACAACCACUAUCUUUGGAUCAGGACAGUUUUGUACUGAAGGACCAGCAGGUGUUUUUGGAACUGAGGGUAACUUUUACGGUUAAGGUAGCAUUUACAGGUAAGACCAUGGCCGUUGUUGUAAAGUCCAAUAAGAUGCUGCAGGACGCCCUUGCUGCAAUGCUUAACAAAUACCGCCUCAGGCCGCAGGACGCCACCGUUACCAUGGGUGGGAGUGGACACAUAAUUAGUAUGAACACCCCUGUCACAUUUCUGGCCAAUAAGACACUAAUUCUUAAUAAAGCUGUGGAUGAAACCAACAACUCAAAGAGUCUCCCACCUUCUUCAGUACAGGACCGGAGAGGUGCUGUGGAUGCAAACAUGUUCCCUACAGGACUUCCCAGAUCAAGUGGCAGACAGAAGAACCCUGGACUGAGGAGAACCUAUGACAUGGAAGGUUUAGUGGAGUUGAUGAACCGAGCCCAGUGCUGCAGCGCUGAUGAUCAGAGAGGCCUCCUGAAGAAAGAACAUCUGAUGUUACCUCAGUUUCUCCAGUUACCCCUGGAGGAGCCUGAGGAGACAGAGACUAGCAGAUCACUGGACGACUCUUGUUCUAAUAUGAGCUCUCUCGAAAUGGAUUCUCCUGCUGUUCCAAAGUCAUCAGACCCACCUCAGAGCGACUGUUCAAACCCAGCUCGAGAAACUGUGGUGUGAGCUGAACUUAUGACUCAAUGGACACUGUUUGCUUCAAUACUCAUUCACACUGGAAUUCAGAUUAGAUGAAAUAUGUUUCAAUGUGUGACAGUGGUGGUCUUAAACGGACACUCGUCAUUCAGACUUAAUAAGGAAAUGCAAAGAAACAUUGUUUACAUUCGAUGAAACUCGAUGUUGUUUUCCGGCUGCUUGUAUUUAUUAUCGAAUCUCCUCAAACAAUACAUUGUAUGUAUUUUCAUGAAGACGUUGCUUAGUGCUGUUAAGAUAACAUAAUUGAAAUGUCAAUCACGAAAAUGGAAAGAUUAUGAUGUUGUUUCUAUUUGGAAUGACUUGCACUAAUAAUCCUUGCUCAUUAGGUCCAGUAAUGUAUAUUAAAAAACAUACAUAAUAAGAUAUAUUGAAAAAUAAUACUCUUUCACAAUUUCUCUCUAAGCUUCUCUCUUAGUUCUGCUUCAACCGCCUUGAGGGUAAACAAAGAAAGAAGAAACCAAACCAAGACGAACACGCUCACUUAAUGCAAGCUAUUCUUAGGAAAGUCCUUGCCGGGGAUUCUUUGCACUAAAUAUUUAUGCUUUCUGAAAAGUCAGCGUGGAGAAGUAAUGAGCUGGCUUUAGAACCAGACUAGGAUGACCAGCACUCGAGAUGAGACACAGGGAGAAAGUAAGAGAGAGCGAGAGUGUGAGAGGAAAUGGAAGGCUGAUAGACAGAGAGCGAUAGAGAUAGAGAGAGAGAGAGAAUGGGAGAGAUGAGUGAAAGGGAGGGAGGGAGGAGAAUCUGCAAGGUGAUGAUUCUGCCAUAUAUCACUGAGCAGCUCUUCGUAAGGAUACGAUUGUUACAGUUCUAGCUGGUUUGCAAAGGUUCAUUUUAAAUUGUUUUAAAGCAGAACCGCGCCAGCACAACUCUGAGUGUCCUCAAUGAGUAUACACUGAAAAUACAACAGGUUUUAAAAGGGAACCGAUAGCAUUGACGGAUCGCUGUACAUCGCCUAAAAACAAAGCGGAUUUACCUUCUCAAGCUGAGAUAUGGAGAACACAGAGAAUAAAGUAUCCACCAUCUCGCCACAGAAACAGACGGUAAAGAACCGGUCCAAGUCGACAGACGAAGUACAGCAAGCCAAAAAGGCCUUUCACACCCCACAGAAAUCUCUUCCAGCCAAACCAGAAACUGAGAAGCUAGAGGAGACUGCUGAACUGAACACUUCAUCGCAGGUGUUCAAAUGAUUGUUGGACGCAAACUUGGGGGCUUUGAGACUUAAACAGAUCAACAGGACUUAUGGGUAAAAAUAAGAGUAUGACUCAGUGUGUCUGUUUAUACCAUUGUGACUCAGUUUAACAGUGUAGUCAUUUGGAACACUACCAACAAUAAACAUGUGUAGCUUCCUAAUUUGUUUGAGUCUGAUAAUGCAUAAAAAAUAAUCAAAUGAAGAACUGGAUAUCACAAUGAAAAUGUCUGUAUUGCAUAUGUUAAUAUUAUUAUAUAUAAUAUAACAUAUAUAUUAAAUAUAAAUGUCUAUUCUAUUCCAUUCAAUUUCCAGUUCUGAGCACCAAAUCAGCUUUGUGUUUCUAGUGUUUGAAAGAUGCUGAGUGUUCACACCAUGAGAUUUAAUAAAUUCUGCUUAUUUGGCACUCAAUUCUGGGGCUCGGAUCUUUACUUCUGAACCUCCAUUGUCAUGUCACCACAUUCCUGGAAUUGAUUGAUCCUGAAGGGCAGCUACCUACAGCUCCAGCCCUGAGCAGAGAGCAGGGCACCAGGUUAGAGAAUUUCAGUGCCAGGAAAUAAUUGCACAGGGUGACGCUUCACACGAGGAAAUGAAUCAAUUCUGUCAACCCGUUGUUCAUGGGUGGGCAUGUUUGCCAGCUUGCCAGGGUAUAAAUUACGCAAUUUUUAUUGAGUUCACACUGUUGAAGCUGUAUGAUUAUUUUGUAUUUCUGACUUUGUGAUAAAUAAAAUUAAUGAUCAACAUC